CGGUCGCGAGAGGCGUGCGGGGGACCCUGACUAGGGAAUCCAGCUCCGGGCGGCCCCACCAGACCGGGACUCAGAGGCGCGGGAGCCUGGAGAUGAGCAGCGAUGAUUCCUCUCUUAUGGCUGGGAUCAUUUACUAUAGCCAGGAGCAGUACUUCCGUCACGUGCAGCAGGCCGCAGCCUCGGGCCUGGAAAAAUUCAGCAAUGACCCUGUCCUACAGUUCUUUAAAAUCUAUGGGAUCCUCAGGGAAGAGCACAUCCAGGAUGCCAUUAGCAACCUGGAGAGUAUCCGGAAUCAUCCAGACGUGUCCUUGUGCUCCAUCAUGGCCCUCAUUUAUGCUCACAAGUGCUGUGAAACCCUUGACCGAGAAGCCAUUCAGGAGCUGGAAAGCAGCCUGAAGGAAAUCCGCAAGACAGCCAGCGCAAUGGCCAUGUACUACGCGGGCCUCUUCCUCUGGCUCAUGGGGCGCCACGACAAGGCCAGGGAGUACGUCGACCGCACCCUGAAGCUCUCCAGCAGCUCCAGAGAGGGCUAUGUGCUCCGAGGUUGGGUGGACCUCACCUCAGACAAGCCCCAUACCCUGAAGAAAUCCAUCAAGUACCUAGAACAAGGACUGCAGGACGGCAAAGAUGUGCUGGGGCUGAUGGGAAAGGCGACCUACUUCAUGUUGCAGCAGAACUACUCGGGGGCACUGGAGGUGGUGAACCAGAUCACUGUCACCUCGGGGAGCUUCCUGCCUGCCCUGGUCCUAAAAAUGCGGCUGUUCUUGGCUCGGCAGGACUGGGAGCAGACAGUCGAAAUGGGACACAGAAUUCUAGAAAAUGAUGAGUAUAAUAUCGAUGCCUACCAAAUCCUAGCCAUGCAUGAGCUUGCAAGAGAAGGAAACAUGACCACAGCUACCAACCAUGUUAGAAAUCUGAUUAAGGCACUGGAGACAAGGGAGCCUCAAAAUCCAAGCCUCCAUCUUAAAAAAAUUCUUGUGAUUAGCAGGCUGUGUGGGAAACACCAGGCGAUUCUCCGGCUGGUGUGCCCCUUCAUGGAGCGUGCAUUCGUGGCCACACCCUCCUAUGCCCAUGUGGCCACAGAGCUGGGCUACCUCUUCAUCCUGCACGACCAAGUGAGGGAGGCGUCUCAGUGGUACUCGGAGGCCAUGAAACUGGACGGGAGCAGUGUGGCUGCCUUAACAGGGCUCAUCUGGUGCCAGAUCCUGGACGGCCACCUGGAAGAGGCAGAGCACCAGCUGGAAUUCCUGAAGGAGGUGCAGCAGUCCCUCGGGAAGUCUGAGGUGCUGCUUUUCCUCCAGGCCCUCCUGGCAUCCCGCAAGCACAAGGGAGAGCAGGAAGCCACUGCCCUCCUGAAGGAGGUCGCAGAGCUGCACUUCUCCAGCAUGCAGGGCCUCCCCCUAGGCUCUGAGUACUUCGAAAGACUGGACCCCCACUUCCUGGUCUGCCUCGCCAAGGAGUACUUGUUCUUCUGCCCCAAGCAGCCCCGGUCACCAGGCCAGAUUGUGUCUCCGCUUCUUAAACAAGUCGCCAUGAUCCUGGCUCCUGUAAUCAAAGCAGCACCAGCGCUGAUCGACCCCCUGUAUGUGAUGGCUCAGGUCAAGUACCUCUCAGGAGAGUUAGAGAAUGCCCAGAGCACCCUGCAGCGCUGCCUGGAGCUGGACCCUACCUCCGUGGAUGCCCACCUCCUCAUGUCCCACAUCUACCUGGCACAGGGCAAUUUCGCCAUGUGUUCCCACUGCUUAGAGCUAGGCGUCAGCCACAACUUCCAGGUCCGAGACCAUCCCCUCUACCACUAUAUCAAGGCCAGGGCCCUCAACAAGUCUGGGGACUAUCCAGAAGCCAUAAAGACCCUGAAAAUGAUCAUAAAAUUGCCAACUCGGAAGACAGAAGAAGGCAAGAAGUUCCGCGGGCCCUCCGUACAGCCCAGCGAGCGGGUGUCCAUCUUACUGGAACUGGCAGAUGCCCUCCGGAUGAAUGGGGAGCUGCAUGAGGCCACUAAGGUCAUGCAGGACGCCAUCAAUGAGUUCAGCGGCACACCAGAGGAGAUCCGCAUCACCAUCGCCAACGUGGACUUGGCCCUGAGCAAGGGGAAUGUGGACAUGGCACUGAGCAUGCUGAGGAACAUCACGCCCAAGCAGCCCUGCUACACAGAAGCCAAGGAGAAGAUGGCCAACAUCUACCUGCAGACCCGCAAAGACACCCGCCUCUACAUAGGCUGUUACCGGGAGCUCUGUGAACAUCUGCCUGGUCCCCACACCAGCCUGCUAUUAGGUGAUGCUUUCAUGAACAUUCAGGAGCCUGAGAAGGCCUUGGAGGUUUAUGAUGAGGCCUAUAGAAAGAACCCACACGAUGCAUCCCUCGUCAGCAGGAUUGGGCAAGCCUAUGUGAAAACCCACCAGUACACCAAGGCAAUUAAUUAUUAUGAGGCCGCCCAGAAGAUCAGUGGACAGGACUUUCUGUGCUGUGAUCUGGCUGAGCUGCUCCUGAAGUUAAAGAAAUUCAACAAGGCAGAGAAAGUUCUGAAACAAGCACUGGAACAUGACUCUGUCAAGGACAUCCCAUCCAUGAUGAAUGAUGUCAAGUGCUUGCUUUUGCUGGCAAAGGUUUAUAAGAGUCAUAAAAAAGAAGACGUGAUGGGAACUUUGAACGAGGCCAUGGACCUCCAGUCUCGGAUACUGAAGCGUGUUCCACUGGAGCAACCAGAAAUGAUCCCCUCCCAGAAGCAACUGGCAGCCUCCAUCUGUGUCCAGUUUGGGGAGCACUACCUGGCAGAGAAGGAGUUUGCCAAGGCAGUGCGUUCUUAUAAGGAUGCCCUCUUCUACUCGCCUGUUGACAAUAAGGUGGUGCUGGAGCUGGCGCGGCUCUUCCUGCUGCAGGGACAGCUGGACCUGUGUGAGCAGCACUGUGCCAUCCUCCUACAGUCUGAGGAGCACCACGAGACUGCCUCUGUGAUGAUGGCUGACCUGAUGUUUAGAAAACAGAAAUAUGAAGCUGCUGUCGAUCUCUACCACCAAGUCCUGGAGAAAGCACCAGACAAUUUUUUGGUACUGAAUAAACUAAUUGAUCUGCUAUGGAGAAGUGGCAGACUUGAAGAUGCCCCUGCCUUCUUUGAAUUGGCCAAGAAGAUGUCCAGCCGCAUUCCUUUGGAGCCAGGCUUCAACUACUGCAGAGGCAUCUACUGCUGGCACAUAGGGCAACCCAACGAAGCACUGAAGUUCCUAAACAAAGCGCGCAAGGACAGCUCGUGGGGCCAGAGUGCCACCUACUACAUGGUGCAGAUCUGUCUGAACCCAGACAACGAGAUCGUGGGCGGAGAGGCUUUUGAGAACCUGGUGGCUGAGAGCAACCCCACCGACAGGAAGGGCUCAGAACAGCAUGGUGUGCGCACCGCGGAGAAGCUGCUGCGUGAGUUCUACCCGCACUCGGCCCAGUGCCAGACCCAGCUGCGACUGCUGCAGAGUCUCUGCCUGCUGGCCACCAGGGAGAAGGCCAACGUGGAGGUGGCGCUGGGCACCUUCAUCGAGAUGGCGCAGGCCGAGAAGGAGAGCGUCCCCGCCCUGUUGGCCAUGGCACAGGCCUACGCGCUGCUGAAGCAGGUCCCCAAGGCGCGCACGCAGCUGAAGCGUCUGGCCAAGGCCCCGUGGGCGCUGGAGGAGGCCGAGAACCUGGAGAAGAGCUGGCUCCUACUGGCAGACCUGUACUGCCAGGGCGGCAAGUUCGACCUGGCGUCGGAGCUGCUGCGGCGCUGCGUGCAGUACAACAAGUCCUGCUGCAAGGCCUAUGAGUACAUGGGCUUCAUCAUGGAGAAGGAGCAGUCCUACAAAGAUGCAGCCACCAACUACGAGCUGGCCUGGAAGUACAGUCAUCAGGCCAACCCUGGCAUUGGCUUCAAACUCGCUUUCAACUACUUGAAGGACAAGAGAUUUGUGGAGGCCAUUGAAGUCUGCCACCAUGUAAGCCAUUGUUCUCAGAGAGCAUCCUAAUUACCCCCAGAUCAGAGAAGAAAUUUUGGAAAAGGCCCAAGGGUCUCUGAGGCCCUAGCUGUGGUCAGUGGGAGCCAGGGUGGGUGGAAGCCAUCAAGCUACAGAAGUUUCUUGGAGGCGUUGGGAAGUGGGGCGGGGGAGAAGAGAUUCAGAAAAUGACAUAUUCUUACCCAUUUCUCUAUUGUGUGUGGUUUAUUUGAAUCAUGCCUCAUCUGGUCUAAGGGCAUCCCAAAGCUUUGUGUUUUUAAGGCACAAGAGGCACUUUUGCUCUGAGGAGAAGAGAGAUCCACCAGCUUAACUUAUGCUGGGCUCACU